AUGCUUUUUGUAUGGCUUAUAAUAGCCACACAAUUUACAUCAUUACAAGCUUCUGAUGAUCAAAAAGGAGAAGAAACUCCGGAAAUCUGGCCCUCUUGCAAACAUGUAGAACCAGCAGCUGACCUAGAAAGCUGGCUAAAAGUCGAUGCGCAAAAACAGCGCUGCAACCACACCUCAAAACCGGCUGAGCAAGACGAGGUUGAGACGGAGAGAAGAAAAUGGGGCGAGAAGUCGUUUUCGUUUGAUGCGGUAGCCAGUGAUAAAAUUGGACCUCGACGAUCGCUGGGUUAUCAAGCGGAUGCCAGGUGUAAAGAAACCACUUUCGUUGCUGAACAAACUGCUUCUGUGGUUAUUAUUUAUCACAAUGAAUGCUUAUCAAUUUUACUACGGAUGAUUAAUUCUAUUAUCGAUUUGACCCCGAGCGAUAAUUUGAAAGAGAUUAUCCUCUACGAUGAUGCAAGUGAAGAUGAGCACAUUUUGAUGCCGAAACUUGAGGCUUUCGCAAAACUGACCGAGAAGACAGGAUUGUUAAAGAUCAAUAGGACAGAUACGAGGGAAGGACUUAUACGUGCGAAGGUUUUCGCGGCCCGACUAGCGACUGGCGAUGUUCUCAUUUUUCUUGACUCACAUUGUGAAGUGACGGAAGGAUGGUUGCCACCGCUUCUGGACCCGAUUCAAACCAACCCAAAGAGCAUCGUUUUGCCAAUUGUUGAUCUGAUCUCUCCAGUAACAUUCAAAUAUUCGAAAGCCCUGAUUGCACGUUGCGGCUUUGAUGAUGGCCUCAAUUUCAAGUGGCUAUAUUUGCCAUGGGAGUAUUGGGAUGUUCCAGAAAAUAACGUGAAGCCAUUUGAUUCCCCUUCGAUGUCUGGCGGGUUGUUGGCGGUUCGGAAAAGCUUUUUCGAAGAGAUUGGGGAGUAUGAUAUGGGGAUGGAAAUUUGGGGAGCUGAAAAUCACGAAUUGUCAAUUAGGACGUGGUUAUGUGGCGGUCGUGUGGUCGUUGCACCUUGUUCGAGAAUUGGACAUGUGUUCAGGAUGCGAAGGCCUUAUAAAAGCAAGCCGAAGACGAAAGCCGUCUUCGACACAAACCUCUACAACUCUGCUCGUACAGCCAAAGUAUGGCUUGGGAAUUAUGAGAAACACUUCCUCGCCGCCAAUCCACGAGCUAAGAAUGUGGAUGCCGGAGAUCUAUCCGAGCGACUAAACCUCAAAGACCGCCUGAAAUGCAAGAAAUUUGAGUGGUUCGUCGACAACGUCUAUCCAGAAUUUAAAAAGGAAGAGCAAAGAGACGAUGGUCAAGAAAAAGAACAAAAGAACGAACUU